GGCCAUACAGCCAAUUUUUACAGCUACAUGUAAGCCCCUACAAUAAAAUACCUGUCAACUGGUCAUCUUGGCUUCAAAUCAGCUCAGCCCCACCACCUGAAAUCUGAUAGCCGUAUAUUUUCUGCCCCACCUUCAAACAAAGCUGCAGUUUAUUCCGCGCCCUUUCGAAGUGAUCAACUUUUGAGCUCUUUUCGAAAUCAGUCACAAGAUUCGUUCGUUUCAUUCAUCGUAAAAAGAUGAUUAACGGCAAGGUCCUGAUUAUUGCCGGGUCAGACCCUUCCGGGGGAGCUGGCUUGGAGGCAGACCAAAAAGUCCUUGCCGCGCAUGGUUGCUACGCAAUGGCAUCGACCACCGCGCUAACCAUCCAAAACACAAAAGGCGUAACAGGAGUCCACGUCAUUCCAUCGGACUUUGUUGGAAAGCAGAUCGAAGCCUGUCUCGAAGAUGUAGGUGCCGAUGUCAUCAAGACGGGAAUGCUAGCAUCUGCGGAAACAAUCGAAGUCAUUACCAAACUAGUCACCAAGUACAAAAUCCCAGCUCUAGUUGUGGACCCGGUCAUGGUCUCAACAUCAGGAGCCCAACUCCUCCCUCAUGAAGCCAUCGCCCAGCUAUCCCAGCAUCUUCUCCCUCACACCACCCUCCUCACUCCCAACAUUCCAGAAGCAACCCUCCUCUUGACGCAGAACGGCCAUGAAGUCGGCGAAAUACAGUCCGUCGCCGACGUCGAAGCCAUGGGACGCAAGAUCCAAGAGUUAGGGCCGAAAUGGGUCCUGGUCAAAGGUGGCCAUAUGCCAUUUCGACGAGACUUUUCAGUAGCAAAGACUAAAGAAGAGCGAGAAAUCAUUGUCGACGUUUUGAUUGGGCCAGGAGGCAGUGUAUUCCGCGUGGAGAGCCCGUACCAAGAGAGCACAAGCACUCAUGGAACAGGCUGCUCGCUAGCUUCUGCUAUUUCUGCCCGUAUUGCUCAAGGCGCCGACGUCCCCACGGCUGUCCGCGGCGCGUGUCGCUACAUCGAAGCAGGCAUCAAGACGGCACCCCAGAUUGGAGGCGGAAACGGACCGCUUGACCACUUCCAUUCCACAUACACGCUUCCUUUCUCUCCGGGAUACUUUGUAGACUAUCUGCUGGAGCACCCGGCUGUUCGCGACGUCUGGAAGGAUUUUGUCUAUCAUCCCUUUGUCAUGGCCCUUGGCAACGGCACACUACCGCUUGAGUCGUUCAAAGGCUACAUCAUCCAAGAUUACCUCUAUCUCGUUCACUUUUCUCGAGCAAACGCCCUAGCAGCAUACAAAGCAAAAAGCAUCGGCGACAUCUCUCGGUCCAACGAAAUCGUCACCCACAUCCUCCACGAAAUGAAACUCCACAUCAACUACUGCAACUCUUUCGGCAUCUCCGAGCCCGAAAUCCAAGCCACCGAAGAACUCCAAGCUUCCACCGCAUACACCCGCUACGUUCUCGACGUCGGCCAAAGCGAAGACUGGCUCGCCCUCCAAAUGGCCCUCGCGCCUUGCCUCCUCGGCUACGGCGCCGUAGCAAAGAUGCUGCACGCACACGCAGAGACUGUUCGCGAAGGAAACACUUACUGGGAUUGGAUCGAAAAUUACAAUGCUGAUGAUUACGUCGAAGCUGUGAGACUAGGGAGCGAACUCAUCGAGAAGAAUAUCCGGUUACAAUCGCCGAGUCGGAUAGAGGAACUUGUUAAAAUCUUCGUGCAUGCGACAAAGAUGGAGAUUGGCUUUUGGGAAAUGUUUCCAUACAAAUAGACGGAUAAAGUACGCUCAGGACUAUUAGUGUGACGUUAUGAAAACAUAGAGGCGACAAUGAAGAGAUACAUCCUUAGAGACGGAAUAUACUAUAUAUGAUUAUGUUGAAAAGGUUUAUAUUUUCUCCCCUUUCUAUUGUCCGCUCACACCUCCAUCCUCCUAAUCUACACAGCGCCGCCCUGCGUCUUCUUCCACAUCGAAGACUCAACUCUCCUCGGCUCCUGCCCAUCAGGCAUCAUCAUAUCAAACCCCUGCUCCGGCGGUACAUCCGGCACAUCAGGAACCCCAUCCUCAUUCCUACUCGCCGCGGCUCGCCUCACCCGGCGCGAC